AUGGAGGCCCACUCCCACCGAGUCCUCUAUAUCGAUGCUUAUGACUCUUUUUCUAAUAAUAUUGUUGCACUGCUUCAAACCAAGUUAAAUGUAGAUGUCACCGUCAUCAAAAUCGACACUGCGAUAGACCAUUUAGAAGAAUUCCUGGCACCUUUUUCUGGCAUUAUUCUUGGACCUGGGCCCGGAACACCUCACAAACCCGAGGAUAUUGGACUGCACACCAGAAUUUGGGGGCUAGAUGCAAACAGGCUUGUGCCAAUCCUGGGUAUUUGUCUAGGAUUUCAGAGCCUUGUUUUCGCUUUUGGAGGAGCAAUCCACCGACUUCCACGACCGCGCCAUGGCAUAGUCCGAAAAGUGAGACAUAGGGGCGAAGCUAUCUUCGACAAUCUGCCUCCCCAAGUUGACGUUGUGCAGUACCAUUCUCUGCAUGCAAGUCUUGAUUCAGCAGAGGCAGAGAACGGCGAGUUAAUUCCGUUGGCUUGGGACUUGAAGGCCGACAACACAGCGACUGAGGAAUGGACUGACAAUCUGAAUCCGGAUGCAAUUCUUAUGGCUGUGAAACACAAGCAUCGACCUUACUACGGCGUCCAGUUCCACCCGGAGUCCAUCUGUUCAAGUGAUCAAGCUCAGCGGAUCAUUCUCAAUUGGUGGCAACAGGCAUACAGCUGGCGUAAAGAUCUGACAACUCAUUGUGCAAGGCCAACUUUGCCGACCACGGCAGGAGAUGUGGAGAGCAGCGUCGAUGACUACCCUAGUGGUUGUUCCGAGAGGUCUGGUAUCAAAGUAAAAGAAGAGAGCCCGCUAGUUCACACAAAAGUCUUGCCAUUGUCUAACAUCACAAUAUCGAGAAUAAGUUCUGUGCUUGGCCUUGUGGAUGAUGAAAUUGUCGUCCUCGACUCGGAAAACCAUCAGCGUCCGGAUCUUGGCUGUUUCAGCAUCAUAGGUCUUGUGACCCCAUAUACUCCGCGUUUUGAGUACCAGGCUGGCUCUGAUCAUAUUCGCCGGAUCCAGGAUGGCAAGGUUGAGCGCAUUGACCUUGUGAGAAGCCAUCGUCGUGACGUUCUUAGUUUCUUAAAAUCAUACGUUCAGGCUCUCUCUUUCACAAGCAAACACGAAGAGAUCCCUUUCUGGGGAGGUCUAGUUGGCUACAUCAGCUAUGAGGCAGGUCUGGAAACCAUUGGGGCUUAUGGUGGAGCCGAUCGCCAAGACCAAAACAGUUCGGAUCUUAGCUUUGCAUUCAUCGAGCGUAGCAUUGUCAUCUCACAUCUGACCGAGAAAUUGUAUAUCCAGUCCCUACUUUCCGCCGACAACUGGGUGAAUGACGUUGCUUAUGUUCUUACUAAUACUCCACCACCAUCACCUGGUCCCGAAACAUCACUCUAUCUAGAUGCUCAUAUCUCGAUACCUGAUGAAGCUGGCUAUAAAUCUGCCAUUCGCGAAUGUCAAUCCUUCAUUGGCCAGGGUGAAUCAUACGAGCUUUGCUUCACCGGUCGUACCACCGUCACUACAGCUCCACAAAGCAAUCCUUGGGCAUUGUAUAGCCGUCUAAGGCAGCUCAAUCCUGCACCUUUUGCAGCUUACAUCCGGAUCGGAGGCUUGACAUUGCUUUCUAGUUCCCCAGAGCGCUUCUUGUCCUGGACAAGACCUCAAGCGCAUUCUGAAAGCGGCGGGAAUGAAUCAGUAUGUCAAUUCAGGCCUAUCAAAGGAACACUCAACCGUCAACCUGAUCCAAAUCAGCCUCCCCUAACGUUUGCGCAAGCUGAGCGCCUUCUAGCAACCCCUAAAGAGAUUGCCGAGAAUCUUAUGAUUGUCGACCUAAUCCGCCACGAUGUUCAUGGCGUAGCCGGAGCGAAUAACGUAUUCGUGCCGAAGUUGAUGGUCGUUGAGGAAUACGAAACGCUCUUUCAACUCGUCAGUGUAAUCGAAGGCACUCUUCGCGUUCCUCGAGGUGUUAGCCAAUUCGAUACGCACAUCAGCCCCAAGGAACCGUCACCUGUCAUUCAGAACAAAGGAAAGUCAGGAAUCGAUGUCCUUGCUGCCUCGCUUCCGCCCGGAUCUAUGACCGGGGCCCCCAAGCUACGGUCUUGUCAAUUGCUCAAAUUUCUGGAAGCCCGGCCUCGUGGGAUCUAUUCAGGCGUGGUAGGCUACCUGGACGUUGGGGGCGGAGGUGAUUUCAGCGUUGUCAUUAGGAGCGCUUUCCGGUGGGAUGAUCCUCACUCCGAGCGAGAUACCUGGACCAUCGGUGCGGGAGGCGCAAUCACUACAUUGAGUACUGAAGAAGGAGAAUAUGAGGAGAUGAUGGCAAAGCUAAAGAGCACCUUACGCCUAUUCGAGCACGACAAGACGACCUACGGGACGGUUGCUUGA